AUGCCCCGAAGACGUAGCAGUCGAUCCUCUCCUGUCGGAGUCAAUGUGUCGAUCAUCAUCGAAAAUGCAGUCACGGUAGAAGGACAAGCCACUACGGCCUCGGAUGAGCAGCGCGGCGGCUGGUCAGAUACCCCAUAUAGUGCCGGAGCGUACCCAGAAGAACCUCAGGGAGACGCGUAUGAUGGUCGGGCAGCAUCCAGCGGAUCCGGUCGCGAGUGGUUCGACGGUGGACAGCUCCCGCCUGCGCUAGUCAUAGGGGCAGAUGACAUCGAACCUCCCAAUCAGGUCACGGAGACAAGCCCACAUGGAGUUCCACAGGCCAACGAAGGAUUAACACCCGCUCAGCAAUCCGAGAAGGUGGUCAAAUCCGUCGCUGGUGGAAUAGUUGGCGAGGACAAGAAGGUCGAUGAUUCAUGGAGCCUCUGCGCCGAUGAAGUUUGGAAAUUCGAGGAGCGACAGGUCAACAAAUGGAAGGAGAACAUCAGCAAUCUUCUGCUGUUUGCGGGGUUGUUCUCGACAAUCCUGGCGGCAUUUCUUGCUGCGUUUUAUAUGCUGCUAGGCCCUCAGGCCCCAGACGCGACGACUCAGGUGCUCGUCGUCAUGUCCAUACAGCUCAGCCUUCUCACUGCGGCCGUCGCAAAUCACAACCUCACAAACACACAACAAGCUACUCUCGAUGCUGCAAUAGCGACCACUGCUCCCACAACCACCACUAUUUCCACCGGCGUCCUAUGGUUCAUCGCACUCAUAUUCAGUCUCAGCGCCGCAUCUAUCAGCAUCGCCGUCGGCCAAUGGCUGCAUCAUCACAUCGAUCGAGCCUCUAGCCUGUCACGCCAGAGCGUUCGCAUCUGGUCCCUGCGCCGGCGUGGUCUUCAGAAGUGGCAUGUCCAGGCGAUCAUCGACAGUCUGCCUAUCCUCCUCCAAAUCUCGCUCGCAUCGUUCCUCGUCGGGCUCCUCAAUAUUGUCUGGCGUCUGGACUACGUUGUUGCUAGCAUCUCGACGAUCAUCAUCGCCGCACUACUCCUGCCGACGCUCUUCACCAUCUUCAUGCCGUAUUUCGAUGCCGACUGUCCGUACAAAUCUCGCGCCGCAUGGUGGUGCUUUGUAAUCCUGAAUAGGUUCACCCACAGCCGCUGCGUUGUUAAGUGUGGGAAGAUGCUCUGGAUGCGCAUGUCCAAUAUGGUUGGCGCUACUACGAGGAGGGUGUUAAGUCUUCGUGGGUUUCCUGCAUCCGCUAGAAGUAUGCUGUCAGGCCUGCGCGAGAUUCUCACUCUGAACCAGCUUGUUCGACUCCGCCCAGCCGCCAUGAUUGCGCACAUAGCAAAAAGAGGCCAAUCUUUGACGAAAUCGCUCUUGUACCACAUGCGCAAGCUCCCAUCCGGCGCUGCGCGCACCUUCUCAGUCCUCCUCCAAAUCGUGACGCAUCGGCCCACCAACAUCCAGCGCAGGCUACCAAAGAUUGGUCGCAACUGCGGCAACCGGAUGCGAUGGUAUCCCCGUAUACCUGAGUCAUGGAGCAAAUGGCAUUUGAAUACCCUCGGGGCACGGAACUGGCGAGAAUUCGAGAACGUGCUAGUCCGUGCUGCAAAUACACCAGAGGAGGAGAAGCUGAUGAUGCUGGCGGAGGCGGAUGAAAUGAUUAUGGAUGAUGCAUUCCUUGUCAACGUUGUACAUCCUUGCUUUCAGGAUGGCUCUCUCGAAUCCGCGGUUCCUGCCCUUCUUCGUAUCCUUCGACAUCGAGCUCACAAAGUCAUAGUCGAGCAUCACGCGGGCUGUGGCGUGACAGUACUCAAAUGGCUGACAAGCGAGCAAGAUUCGGCUGCGAUCAUUGCGAUGGCAGACCUCUGUAUUGAUGUCCUUCUGAAAUACGACAGCCCGGGCUCUCGCAACUCCCAUGGACUUGUGGAUCAUCUUCUACAGCUGAUCCGAGCAAUGCCGCUCAUCGAUCCCGCGAGAAUGGUAUGUGACCGUGCGAGAGAUCUCAUACAAUGGGCAGCAACACAUCAGUGGCAGUUGCACGAGGCACACAUAGACGAGCUUGUCAAUGGGGCAGAUGAUAGGCAUAGUUCAUUGAAACCUUUUCUCAACAUACUACUGAAAGAGUUCAAAGAUUUAUCCCCGAAAGCUGAUUCAUCGAACAUCGUCUUGACAAAUUGCACUCUGCAUAUCCUUGAAAAACUAGCUCAAGAGUCCUGGGAAGGAAAUGCAGAACAUCAACUCCUUGUCCUCAAAGUCAUACACGAGGCGUGCCAUACCACUCCUAGUGCUGCAUCAGUCUAUGCCAACCUCCCUCGCCUAUUCCUAUCUCCUACUCUUGCGCUCUCCCAGGAUGCUCUUGACUAUUUUGUAACCAUCAGACUACUUUCAUUACCUAUUCCGACUAAACAUCGAGAGUAUGUCCUUCCGCCUUAUCCCUAUACUGUCCACACCAUGCUCAUCGCGUACUCUGCAGACACCCGGAAACUGCUCACAUUGCUACCACACGCCCGCGAGCGGCUUAGUGCCGAGCGAUUCCUCCAAACCGCAUCGUCAGCAUUACUUCACUCCUCACAGCUCCCGCCUGACGACUUCGAUCGCGUUCAUAGCAAUGUUCGUGGCGUGCUGGACAUCGUUGUUGAUUACUUCAGCUCUUCCGGCAUAAAUGAGGUGGUCCAGCUGAGCAAUUGGAGGUUAAUCUCGGACCUCCUUAGUGCAUGCGUCCGGCUUGCGGAAGCGGAUAUCGCGCGGUCUGCUCACAAUUGUACACUCUUCACGUGGGACAUCUACAAAACGCUGGAGAAGUGUGCAUUGAAAUGCCCCGCCGAGGACCUCUGGCAAGGGGAUGUAGCAUAUGGAAUAAAUGGGAUACGUGAUAUCAUGAACUAUCCCACCAACUCACCUGAGAACCUUUCACCAGCGCCACGAGAUGUCGAUGAAGCAUAG